AUGGUCUACCAAUGUGACCGUCAACCCUUAACAGAACCUGACAUUCUGGAACCAUCAGGGACGAUCCACGCGAUAGACCGUCAGCCUGAGAUUCAGGCUAGAAUUGUGGAUCUAAACGUUUUAUACCAAUUCUCCUUUGAAGAUUCAAGAACAAAUCUUGUGAUCUUUUGCUCAUUAUUAUUUAUUCCACGCACCAGAAGUUCAGGAGAAUCGCUAUUACUUUUCAAUCCUGAACCGCAUCUAAUUGGUAGAGUGGAAGAACAACAAGAAGUUGAUAGACUAGCCACCUUGGCUAGAGCACAGGUUAAUCGGCAAAAUGAUGGUCAACCAGCUCGUGACCCUAAUCAUGAUGAGGAGUAUUUUGGGGAUGAUGAUCUGAUCAACCCAGCAAAUAGGAGGCGUGCGGAGAAUGUAGAGGUAGCUAUAAAUAGAAAUUGGGUAGCUAGAGGGAGAGCAAACUACCAACCUACUAUGCAAUUUGAUAGUGAUGACAAGGAGGAUGACUUGAACGAAGCUAGUGCUAUAGGAGCGAUUAUUCCACCUCCACUAGUACUUGGGGUGAAGUUCAACAUAACCAGCACCAUGAUACAACUGCUUAAUCUUAAGGGGUUUUUUGGAGGACUUCCGGGGGAUGAACCAAAUAUGCACUUGGUGAAUUUUAUCAAUAUUUGCAAAUCCUUUGAUAACCCUGGUGUUGGCCAAAAUGCAAUUUUUCUUCGGUUGUUCCCACUGUCUUUGUUUGGCAAGGCAACAAUAUGGUUGAAUAAGUUGGCCGUCAAUUUUAUAAAGAAAAUUGAAAAGAGCUUUCCUAGAAAGGUUCUUUCUGCUCUCCAGGAUGUUACAGUUGAGGGAUGAAGUCAACAACUUCAAAAAAUUACCAAAUGAGGCACUGCAUGAAACUUGGAUGCAAUUCAAGAAAAAGUUGACACAGUGCCCCAACCAUAAGAUGACUGACAAGCAUUUAAUGGAGACUUUUUAUAGAUCCUUGAACUCUAUAACCAAACCAACAGUUGACAAUACAAUAGGAGGAGCAUUCAUAGAGCUUACAUUCAAUGAGGCUGCAGACAUGUUGGAGCAGUUGACUAAGACAAGUAGAGCUUGGCACAUCAGGGAUUCUGUGGUAGCAAGCCCUACUAUGUUUAGUGAUAUAUCAAUGGAUCAACUUCGGAAAGAGGAGGAACGUGAGUAAGAUAUGGCACACAUGAAAACACAGAUGGAUCUACUUACUAAACACUUAUUAUUCGAGAAGACUGAGAAGGUAAAAGCUGUUAGGUCGUAAGGCAGAGCUGAUUCUGAUUUUGAAGAGGAGGCGAACUAUCUAAAUAAUCAAAGAGGUUUCUGAGUCAAUAACUAAGAGAAUUAAGGUCAGAACUAUUAUGACAAGGCUGGUUACAAAGAUAGGGACCAAGGGAGUUGGAAGAACAAAAAUGAUAGGAAUAGACUGUAUAUACCUCCUGGAAAUUGGACUAAUGCAGCUACCAAUUCAGGCAAGAUGUCAAUGGAGGACAUGAUGGAGAAACUAUUAAAGGGAGUUGAGGCUACCGAUGCUGGGGUGACGACAAUGAAGAGUGACUUAUCUUUCAUGAGCCAGCUAGUAAAUUCACACUCAACUUUUAUUAAGUAGUUAGAGCAGCAGAUGAGCCAACUCUCGGUAGCAUUUAAUCAAAGGAAGAGCGGUACCUUGCCUAGCGAUACAAUGCAGAAUCCUUAGAACGAUCGCUCUUGCAUGGCAGUUACCAUUUGGAGUGAUAAAGUAUUACGUGGACCUACUGUGGGCAAGGCUAUGAUUGACAAUGUGAUCGAAGAAGAGGUAGAAGCUGAUGAAACCCAUCCAGUAGAGUCUAAGAAGCUAGAUAGUAAUGUGAGUACAUCUAACCAUCAACAUGUUGAUGAGUUAGAGGAAGAAAAAAAGAAGAAGGAGGAAGUGGUUACUACUCUUCCAAAACCACCGUCGCCCUUUCCUCAUAGAUUGAAGAAAAAAGCCGAUGAUACAAGAUUUAUACAAUUCAUGGCGAUGUUGAAGCAGCUAAUGGUAAAUAUGCCUUUAGUUGAGGCAUUAGAGAAGAUGCCUGGGUAUGCUAAGUUUAUAAAAGACCUGGUAACGAAGAAGAGAAUAGUGAGCUACGAACUGGUGGAUAAUCUUUACCAUUGUGGUGCUAUUUUAACAAGGUCUAUGGUGCAAAAGAAAGUAGACCCAGGAGCAUUUACUAUUCCUUUCACUAUCGCGUCUCUUGAUUUUGUUAAAGCUUUAUGUGAAGUGGGAGAAAGUAUUAAUCUGGUGCUACUUGCUGUUAAUAAGAAGUUGGGGUUGGGGGAUCCUACACCCACAAACAUGCGACUAGUGAUGGCGGACAUGUCGGUAAAGCGGCCAGUGGUAUUAUAUGAUGUGCUAGUGAAGGUUGCCAGCUUUAUAUUCCCUGUGGAUUUUUUUAUUGUGGAUUUUGAGGUGCCCAUAAUCUUGGGUCGACCUUUUCUUGCAACUGGAAGCAUACUUAUUGAUUUGUGAGAUAAUAAGCUCUUGUUCAGGCUUAAUGCUGAAGUAGUUUGGUUUGAUGUAUGUCAAUCUAUGAAGCAGCACAAGGAAAUGAGUGUGUUCUCUAUUGUGGAUUUUUAUUAUGAGGAUGAGCAAGAAGUGCCGAUAAAGGAAAAAUUUAUUAUCGAGCCUUUGGCUGCAGUCUUGAUGAAUUUUGAUUGCGAAGGCAUUGAAGAGUAUGAGGAGACUGUGUGUGCCUUGAAUGGAAUGGGAUAGUAUACUUAUGCUCCUAAGAAGCUAGAUCUAGAUCUUAAAAAUUGCCCAACACCACUGGCUAAGCCAUCUAUUGAAGAGCCACUGGUGUUGGAGUUGAAGGAAUUGUCAGGCUAUCUAUGGUAUGUGUUUUUAGGCAGUGGAAGUACUUUACCUAUGAUUAUUGCAGAAGAUCUGGGUGAGCAUCAAGUGGAGGCACUUAUCUCAGUACUCCGGAGGUACAAAAGGGUGAUAGGCUGGACUAUAACGGAUAUUAUUGGCAUUCCUCCGGGUAUAUGCACUCACAAAACUCAGUUUGAGAAAGACUACACUCCUACCAUUGAGCACCAACACCGUCUUAAUCCACAUAUGCAAGAGGUGGUUAAGAAGGAGAUCAUAAAAUGGCUUGACACAAGAGUUGUAUAACCUAUUUCCUAUAGUAAGUGGGUAAGCCUGUCCAAUGUGUGCCCAAGUAAAGGGGCAUGACUAUUAUAGCGAACGAAAAAAAUUUGUUGAUUUUGCUCAGACCUGUGACAUGGUGGAGAGUUUGUAUGGACUAUCGUAAGCUCAACUCAUGGACUUUGAAGGACCACUUCCCAAUGCCUUUCAUGGAUCAGAUGCUUGAUCGGUUGGCGAGAAGAGGUUGGUAUUAUUUCCUGGAUGGGUAUUCAGGGUAUAACCAAAUUUCUAUAGCCCCAGAAGAUCAGGAGAAUACAACAUUUACUUGCCCGUAUGGUACUUUUGCUUUUAAACGGAUGCCAUUUGGUUUGUGUAAUGCACUCGCUGCCUUUCAACGAUGAAUUAUGUCUAUCUUUUCCGAUAUGGUUGAAGACACCUUGGAGGUGUUUAUGGAUGACUUCUCAGUGGUAGGUGAUUCUUUUGAGCUUUGUUUGGUGAAUCUGAGAAGAGCUUUGCAACGGUGAGAGGAAUUUAAUCUUGUGCUUAAUUGGGAGAAAUGUCACUUCAUGGUGAAGGAGGGCAUUUUCCUUGGUUACAAAAUUUCAGCCAAGGGGAUUGAGGUCAACCGGGCUAAGGUCGAGGUUAUUGAGAAGCUACCACCUCCCAUUUCAGUAAAGGGAUUGCGUAGUUUCCUUGGUGAUGUGGGUUUCUAUUGGCGAUUU